CAUUUUGCGUUUUCGAAGUCCGGCAGGGUACAUGUGUGUUGUGACUGCGUUCGUUUUAACCCGUGAAGGAACAAAUUCUAGAAGUAUCGUUAACAAAAUUUACUUUGGGUUAGAAAUAUGCAGUGAUAAAGCUUUUUAACUGCAAUCGAGUCCGACAGUGGGGCGAGAGAAGCGCAUCGCUGUAUUCUACAGCUGUAACGCUUUUGAACAGCCGAUCCUGGCUCGAUCCGAAGGAAAGUACGUGCUGAGUAUCAUGGAAAGUUCUUCCACCUGCAGGGAUUAGCGUCGCUAAAUUUUGAUCGGGAAUUCACUGUUCCAUACUAACAAUGAACGAAACAAUUACAGCAAACGAACCCUUCAUAUUGGAACAAAAUGGAGUUGAAAGGCCAGUGCAAAAAUCAGCAGAUUAUGCCGCGGGCAACAAGGCCAACAGAGAGCGGUAAGAGAAAAAUAUAUUUUUUAUUGAAUUUUAUCCACUUCAUUAAACAAAGAUGUCGGUUUUUCAGUGCAUACAUGAAAAUUGGUUUGACUGAUGAACGUUUAAAUCAACACCUGCGACGGAUAUGCGUGUAUUGAAAGCGAAAAGGGUUCGCCACAUGUAGUUGUGUGAAUUAAACAAUAUGCAAAUUUUCUAUGUUGUAUUUAUCUUCCUCAACUAUAGUUAAAAAUACAAGUCGAUUGCAAUGAGUAAUUUCAAUUAGCAAUACUGCACUCAAGAGCAUUGAAAUAUUGAUCGUAACUAGACUGUAACUUUCAGACCUUUCAAUUCAGCGUUAUCGGAUAAUUUUUUAAUUGAAAUUCACUUAAGCUGCGCCUCAAAAAUGUCAUGUAACUACUGAGUGUGUUCUGUUUUUCGACCUCAUUGAUAGCUUUUCUUCUCAUGCUUCCGUCUGUAUCGAGGCGCCGAAAAAAUAUAUACAUCAUUUGCAUUGGUUGAGUCACUGAAAUAGACCUUUGCAGCUGUAAAAUAGGAAAAUGCUUUACCCCUAAUGGAACGCCGCAAAGUUUCCUGAUAAGUAAUAAGGAGGAGUACAAAGGGAAAAAAAGGCUUAAUAGACUUUCUUUUAUUGGUUUACCCGUCUUCACCAUAACCAGUCUCUAGCUUCCUAUCAGUGUAUUUUAAAGCAGCGUUUGUAUUUUAAAACAGGUGUUGCUUCGGUGGGAGGAGGAAGAAUGACCAUUGUAGGGGAUUGGGAAGCUGGCAUUUCGCUCUGACUGGAAUGGCUAGCACUCUAAAUGUCAACGUCUCAAUGCCCCUACAGUGGCCAAUCUAGCCUAUCAAUGUACAUGAACUGCCCCAAGGAAAUCAUCAUCACCAUCAUCUUGAUUAGGUCGGUAAAAGCCAGUUAGGCUAAACACCAACCAUUUCUAAAACAUAAAAGUAAAAAUUACAUACAACAAUAGGUAGAAUAUAGAAUAAAAAAAAUUAACUAUACUAAUUAACACGAAGUUAAAAGCAAACUGGUCGCGGUCUCUUACCAGGGCUUUUCAUUGCAGAACUUUGGUCACAGCUCAAACUGAGUUUCUCAAUGCUGGUUGUUACAAGAUCUGGUCGCUUACCAACCAGUGGUCGCAAGCACAACGUCGUCAGUACAACCCAAAUUGAUUUUUUUUCCUCAACCGAACACUGGGAUUUUUUCCAAAAUUUUUGACAAGACUCAACUCCGGACAUAAAUGAGCCGGUCCUCAUCCCGUUGUUUCUUUUCUUAACUAAUUGCCUUUGUUUGAUUUUUCUUGUAGGUCUUGUUACAAACAUCGCUUUAAUCCCUGUCAUCGGUGGUCUUUGCUGUGUAGUUGGUUUGUUCUUUUCCAGCAAUACUUGGUUGGUAAACUCGGAGAACAUGUGGCAAAACAUCCGAUGCUAUCCAUUUUGGUAUGCGUCCUGUUCGUGUGCUUUUGUGCGGCGGGGGUUGCUUGGCUUAAAACAGAAAGCAGAACUGAGAAAUUGUUUAUUCCUCAAGAUAGUAGAGCUAUCAAAGACUUAAAUACGGCGGAGCAGUUUUUUCCGAUCAACGUUCGUUAUGAGAAAGUUAUUUUAGUAGCACGUGCGCAGAACCCUAACGUUCUUACACCUGAAUGUCUCCACGAAGCGUACGACGUGCAUAAUCAGAUUUUAGAAUUAAAUUUAUAUUCCGAAUAUUGUUCGACUCUUUCAGGACAGAAAGCGGCCUCUCUGAAGGAUUGCGUAACUGUAGAUCCUUUUGAAAUAUUUUCAGUGACAAACUUUAGUAAAAAGACCCCGCUUGAAAUCCAGCUGGAGCUUAACAAAGCGUUGAACAAUAAUAGUUUGAUAAUGCGAAAUGGUCAACUUUUUAAGGUCAACUUCAAGAGAAUAUUCGGUCACCCAACGGGGACCCGUAACGGGACUGAUUUGUAUGUAACAGGUGCGCAUGCGCUACAACUGACUUAUUUCAUCCGGGAUCCUUCAGAAGAUGACCUAAGCAAGAAAGUUCUUAAAUGGGAGAAGGCCUUCUUGGACAAGGCUUCUUCGCUUUCUACGACGUGCUUUAAGAUGUAUUAUGAAGCAGAAAGAAGUACGGACGAUGCUAUUGCUGAAAAUGGGAGUGCAGAUAUUACUCUUGUAUCCUUCACUUUUACUGUUAUGAUAUCCUUCGCUUGCAUUAUGUUGAGCAAGUUUUCCAAUCCACUGACUGGCCAUUCGCUGCUUGCGGGCGCAGGCGUUCUUGCAGUCAGCUUUGGAAUUUUAUCGGGAAUAGGAAUCGCUAUGUGGUGUCGCGUCACGUUUGUUAACAUCGUAGGCGUGGUUCCGUUCUUAGUUAUUAGCAUAGGAAUCGACGACAUGUUUAUCAUUGUUGAUGACUUGGAUCGUCAACCGCGCCAGUUUAGUUUGGUCAGGACUAUUAAAGAGGUUAUGUCAAGAACUGGCCCAACAGUUACCAUGACAACCCUGACGGAUUUAGUAGCCUUUGCGGUCAGUACAUCGACUCAACUUCCUGCCAUUAGGUAGGUGCCUUCCAUGUGUUAUUUACAUGUUAUCUAGGUUUCCCUUAAUACAAUCGACUCUCCCUAACACGGACAUCUUUGGGACCUAGACGAUGUGUCCAUCUUAAAGAGGUGUCCUUCUUGCAGAAAUACAACUAAAAGCAGUAAAGAAAGGCGAGGAACCAACUCUAGGUAUCCGGAGUUUUAGCGAGGCGUCCGUUAAGACUAAGGUAUAAUGUGAAGUUUGAUAUCUGUAAGACCAAUUAAAACUGUCCGUGAUAGACAAAUGUCCGUAUACGUUAGAUAUCACUAGGGAGCAUCGAUUAAACAUUUUUCGCAUUAUAUUGUACCAAUAAUUAGCGUUUUGAGCUAGGCAGCGUGGUUAAGUGGUCAGCGCACCGAUUUUGGAAUCCAGAGAUCUCAGGUCUCAGUGCGGCCCCGACUGCUAGCAGAAGUUGUUCCCCAGCAAAUCCGACCUAGGUUCGUGGAACAUGAUUGUAAAGAGCAAACUGGUCUUAUUUUUUCAACCUUGUUGUGUUAAACAAUCUUCCGUCAUUGUUAGGGCCAGGAGCCCAUAACCCGGAACGAGCAACUCCCAUACUACGCCUCACCGCGUUUUUACUGACCAGUUUACUUUUAGACUUUUUUCCCGCCAACAUAGAACCUCCACCAUGCCUAUAAGCGCAUUCGAAGUAUAAGGUAUCAAAAAGGAAAACUAAACGUUAUUAAAAGGCAAAAAAUAUCGUUUUUAGGUCUGUAGGUUUUGCAGAUAUUCGAAAUCCGGGUUAUGGGCUCCUGUUGGGGCCCAAUUGCCUUUAUCAACCCAAUUGCCCAAUUGCCUUUAUGCGCAUUUAAUCAUAUUUACAUGUACUUUGCGCUAUAUAAAUAUUAAAUUAUUAUUAUUAAUUAUUAUUAUUAUCAGGAGCCCCCGCCUUUGCGUUGCUAACGCUGUUGCGAGUCACAAAGUCAAAGCUGAGCGCGCAUUUUUCUUCUUUUUUCAGAUCCUUUUGUAUUUAUGCAGCAUUAGCCACAACUUUUGCGUAUGUAAUGAUGAUAACCUUCUUUGUCGCUGUCAUGACAUUUGAUGUUAAGAGAAUCAAAUCUGGACGCCGAGACUGUCUACCAGUCUGUCAAGCACCUCAGCCAAAAGAUGGCGAGGCACCCUGGGACGAGCCGCGCCCGCAGUCAUCAAACCGCAUCAUGAAGGGCUGGUCAACAUUUCUUAUGCAUCCUGCUUCAAAGUUUUUUGUGCUUAUUCUUUCCUUAGUGGCGCUCUCUAUGGGAAUAUACGGAACCACCAAAGUGACUGAAAGGUUAGUUGCCAUACAGUGACUGGGACUAUACCCUGACCCACUGAAAAAUCCGAAUCAGCAAGGCCUACCACAGAUUAGGGACAAACCAUUUUUUUUUUUUUUGAAAAUUUUGAAAUAAAUUGUUUGCAGAGGCUGUAAAGACUGAAAUACAUUGUAUGCAAUUAAAAAAAAGUGUUUGCAGGAAGACAGGAGACACAAAAAUGUCAAAGGGUCUAGUUUUAUCGUGUGUCUCACGAUGGUCACUUUGAUAUUGAUCACGACGUUUCGACCGCACACUGCAGGUUUUCAUCACGCGAUAUUGUCUGUUUACUGAGUCGGAAUAUUUGUACCACCGUGGUUGUUAGUGAUUGUUGUCUCACGAACCUUGCUCAAAAAUUGUUUGCAGCAGGAGCCGCAUAUAAAAAACGUUUGCAUAUGAAAAUUUUACAACCCUCCCAACCCCCCUCCCCCACCCCUUCGUAAUUAAAUGAAAGUUUAGCCAGUUGAAAAUUCGUGUGUUCAAGUGUUCUGUUCACAAGGAACCACGCUAACCGUACAAAAUUUAGACGCCUAGCCUUUCAAAACUUUGAACGGCAAAGUCGAGGUCAAACUUUUAGUCGCCCCGGUUAAAAAUUUGAUUCACUGUAUGCUUUUUAACUAGGUUUGAUAAAACCAUGUUGGCCAAGGACGAUUCUGAUCUCAUGAAGUUUCUUGCUGUUGAAGACAAGUACUUUCAACAAUCCAUUCCUGUCAGUAUAGUUCUCACCGGUGAGAAAAAAUAUCAGGAAAGAACAACUCAAGAAGAAAUAAGCAAGUUGUCAAGCAUUGUAAAGGAUAACAGUUAUUUUCAAUCAGAGUGUUUUUCGUGGAUGAAUACCCUGAGGCAGUUUUCCAAAGAGAAAAAUAUAAAUAUUUCUGGAAAACAUUUCAUGCCUGCAUUAAGAAAUUUUAUCGAAAUUCCGCAAUUUUCAGGUUUUAAGCAAGACGUGAAACUGUCAUCUAAUGGAAGUUAUGUGCUUGCUUCUCGGGUUGUAGCUUUCAUGAAGAAUGACCCUGCUUCAACCUUUCAGAAAAACGCCAUGUUAACAAUUCGCGAGGAUCUUGCUAUCAAGUCUCCACUUAAAGUGUUUCCGAUCAGCCGUUCUUUCAUCUUCUUUGAGCAAUACGCCAUAAUCUCUAGGGAAACCACAAGGAACCUUAUAAUAGCGGCCUUAGCCGUGCUUGUAGUUACGUCCCUUUUCCUGGGUGAUUGCUCCGUGACGAUCCUAGUGGUGGCUAAUUUCGUGGCCCUGAUACUGGAGCUGUUUGGCCUGAUGUACGUGUGGGAUGUGUCUCUGAAUGGCGUGUCGAUGAUCACUCUUGUCAUGGCUAUAGGCUUCGCUGUGGACUAUAGCGCGCACAUUGCGCAUGCGUUCGUGAUGUCCAAGGAGGAGACUGCUGACAAGCGGGUCGUGGACGCAGUUAGUACGCUCGGUGCCAGUGUUUUCAUGGGAGGUAAGUCGGAAUAGAAACAUAACGUAAACAAAAAAGAACCGAUUAACUCUAGUGUGAGUAGAAUUUAGUCGAAAUCACUAGAGACCGUUAUUCGAAAAGGCGCUUCAACACAGAAGAACCCAUUACCGGACGUAAUUUGGUCCCAACGUUUUUCUCCAUGCCCAAAAUCGGGUGUCUGUAAGUCUCCUUCUCAGCCUCUCUGGCCGGAUUGUCACUUCAAUCUUUUUAUUACGUCAUUUUCUGAUCGCCCCAUCAGCAACAGCAAGGUACUGCGAAGGAAUUCUACGCUUGUCCGACCCUAUGAAAAUGGACUUUAGCACUGCCGAGUUAAACGUCUUCAUUAACGUUUCCCCUCACUCCCAAAGCGCACCCCCUAUGAAAUUUGUUUUUAUAAAGUAUUGAAAAACAAAUUUACCUACUGUGGGUUUUAGCGAGAGUGUGCAGUUGUAGGAGCGGAAACAAAUAAUCAAAAAAAGUUAGAAGUUUUAUCAUUUUUCGAUUGGAGACUGGGCUUAACCUCCUUCGAUAAAAAUAACCGUGUUAACUUUUCUGUUAACCCUUUAAGCCCUAAGAGUGAUCAGCCUCAAAUUUCUCCUUGUAAUAUCACUGCUUUAUAAAACACAGUGGUCAUGAGAAUUGAGGGCCUGAUCACACAAGAUGAAUCUAAUUGAUACUUCAACAAAUUCUCCCCACUGCUUCUAUUGAAAACAUAAAGGGACAACAUAUGAGAAUUUGGAUUUUGAUAUUAGGGUUUAAAGGGUUACAAAGAGUACAAUGAAGCUGUCCGCUGUGUAUAUUUUUUGAGAAUACGCGAAAUUUCGGCGUCGUAGUCGUCCUCUCGGUGAGCACUCGCUGACUUAAAGAAAGCGUGCGGUUAUCUUCUAGAGCGCAGAGCCUAACAUGUGAUAACGAAUUUUACCGAUGCUAUACUUUUCUACUAAUGUCUAAUUAACAUCAUACAUAUAUCCAUUCCUUUCCAACAGGAUUCAGUACUUUCCUUGGCAUGUUGGUGCUUGUUUUCGCUUCCUCAGAAAUUUACCGCAUAUUCUUUCGUAUGUUCAUGGGUAUUGUGUUAUUUGGACUUCUUCAUGGCCUGUGUAUCUUACCUGUGCAGCUCUCCUUCCUGUGGUGGAGACCAGCUGUCACGCAUGCGCAGACCAGCAACUCGGAGCAAUUGACAAAGGAAGCAGAUGCCGAGGGAGAGGAAAAUAUAUAGUUCCUAGCAUGACUGCGGGGCUUCAAAACUCGCUUGCCUAAUUUUACUUCGAGAAUUCUUGCCCAUUUCUAACUGAUUUAUAUUUCCCUUCUAAAACAAUAACUACAACUAAUUUAUUCAGACUGUGAUGUAACAUUAAGUUCGCAACUCACUGAUCAGGUACGGCAAAAGAGGGAAAAUUAGCAAAAAAGAAAAUUUUACAAUCCUAGAUGCCAUUUAGGGUGUUGUGUUUAGGAUCGUUACGGUGUGGUUUGCUAAAUGUAACAUGGGAAGUCGGACCUACAGUAUUUCUUCAAUUUUGAAUCUUUAAGUGAGUCUACAGAGUCGCUGUCUUCUGUAUUCGAGAUUUCGAGACACAUUUUUCUCUAAAAUUGUGAAUUGAGUUUGACUGCUUUGACAACAGUAUAAAAUUCACGGCAAAAUAUGGAUUUGGGUGGUUGAAGGCGGGGGGGACGGGGGAGAGUGCUAUCAUAGCCUACGCGGCUGGUGGGAUUAUAAUGGCGGGGUAACUUUUUGGGGCCAAAGCUGCGAGGAAAAAGUCGUCAUUUUUCUCACUACUCCGCCACCAAAAUAUAAAACAACCGGCACGCGCGUAACCUGAGAUCAGGCUCUACUUUCGUUUCGCUUAGUAAAUAAAAUGUAGGAAGCUGCUAAAAUUGGGCCUGAUCUCAGGUUAGCACGCGUGCUAAUCCCACCAGCCAGAUAGUCUUGCAAAAAACGAUCAUUUUGCACAUUCUGCAAUGAACAUCAUACUCAAGGUAUUGUUUGCUAUGCAGUUCAAGGCAGAGGAUAACCGAAUGCCACUUACAUUACCUUUUAAGAGCGUUUAAGCUUAGGGUGUUUUUUAAGAGUUGUUUC